GUUGCUAAGAUCAAUAAGAUCUUAGCAACAACAACGAAGAGAGGGACAACAGUCGACAGAAAAUGGGAUAGACAGUGGACGAUUUCAGAGAGCAAUGUCAUCAAGAGUAAAGUACCAUCCAUUCGGACGAAACACCCUUUUGGAAGAGCUACAAAGCAUACUGCACGAGUAUCCUGAUAAUGAACAAAUCAUCAAGGAAUUGCUACAAAAUGCAGAAGAUGCAGGUGCUCGUGUGGUUAAAAUUGGAUUUUGUCCCUCCUCCAAAUCUGACCAUCUGCCGGAUGCAUACCGAAAGUAUUUAUCGGGCCCUGCUCUGUGCUUCUACAAUGACUCAGUAUUUGAGGAGAAAGACUGGGAGGGACUUACAAUGGUCAGAAAGAGCGACAAACAAGACAAUCCACUCAAAAUUGGAAAAUUUGGAAUUGGAUUCAAAUCUGUGUUUCAUGUAACAGAUACUGUGUGUGUUGUUAGUGGAAGAAAAAUUCUGUUCAUUGACCCAUUAUGUGAACUUCAAGAUCCCCUAAAGGUUUGUUCUUUUAUGGAAAUAACAGAUUAUGUGCACCAAGAUGUUUGUGGUCAGAAAGGACUAAAGCCGUUAUAUAACCUAUUUGGAAUUAGUGAAGAAACAAUCAGAAGUGGCGAAUUCAAAGGGACUCUAUUCUGGUUUCCCCUUCGGAACUCACCAUCAGAUUUGUCAGAAAAUGUAUAUACACUUGAAAAAAUUGCAGAUCUUUUGAAAUCUUUCAAAGAAGAAAUUGGUUCUGAACUGUUGUUUUUGACUUCUGUUGAAAAUAUUGGAGUUUACAAAAUUAACAAUGGUAACUGUGAAACGGAGUAUUCAGUUGCAUUAGAUGGAAGGUGUGCUGAGAAAGCCAGAAAAGACAGGGAUCUGUACAAAACAACAAUUAGAGACAUUGAGGAAAAAAUGGCUGAUGAUGAUCAAUGGAUUUUUUGUUGUGGGCCAGUAUGGAUGAAAAGUAUAGUUACAUACCAAGUCAAAAUGGAUGAAAUGGAAACAAGUCAAAAAUGGCUGAUAAUCCAGAAUUUCCACACCGGAAGCAUGAACAACGAAUUGUCAAGCCUUAUCAGAAAUCGGAGGUCAAAGUACAGGCCAUACAUUGGAAUUGCUGCUAGACUUGAUGAGGCUAUUCAAUCUGGUCAAAUAUUUUGCUUCCUGCCACUGCCUUUCGAAAAUGAAAGUUCCACUGGAUUGCCUGUUCAUAUCAAUGGAUUUUUUGCUCUAGACAGUAACAGACAACAUUUGAAGUGGCCAUCUCAAGAUCAGGUAGUUAGCGAAUCACAUCUAGAAAAUGACAUGUUGUGGAAUUUAUUGAUGGUUCAAGAAAUCUUGCCGAUUGUUUACAAAGAGUUUUUGAAGGCAUGGCGAGAUGAUUCACUAGGCACAGAGUUAACCGAAAAUUAUUUAGAGAUGUUUUAUCAUCAUAUCCCAAGAAUGUCAGCUGUGAAGAACCACUGGGCAUGUGUGGGGACUGAAGUACACAACCAUGUUCUACAGUCAGAAAUACCAUGCUUGCACAAAGGACAAUGGAUCAAAACUCAAGAAGCUUAUUACUCUAUUUUCUCAGAGAAUACAAAUGAGGAUGUAAAAAAUACUGUUAUUGGCUUUUUUGAAAAUAGUACAAAGAAAGUCAUCAUUCUUCAGAGACAUGAGGACCUUUUUCAUUUCUGGAAAAGUAUAUGUCCGAGAAUGAAAUGUACAGAUCCCAGAGAAACUAGAAAUCUUCUUAGAAGGGACUACAGAUAUAAACAGUUAGGGGCCAGAGAUAAAGGACAUCUCCUCAUCUACUCCUGCAGCGAUGAAAUUCUCUCUGAUUUAAAUGAAAUAGAGCUACUACCAUUGCAUAAUGAUGUGUGCCAGUCUUUUGAAGCAAAAAGGAAUGGACAUCAGAAAAGUUUCUACCUUUGUGAAAAGGAAGAAUUCGAGAUAUUGAUUGGCAAAGAAGAAUGUUUGGUUAUGAAUACCUCAUCUAAACUUGGGAAGGUUUUGAAGUCAAUUGCCUCAUCAGGACACUAUUCUUUCCAAAGGUUGCAUCAAAACACCUUUUUUCAAUUUUUGAAUGAAGUUGUUUACAUGCAAUGUAAAAAACAAAGUCCGUUCUUUGUAAAGGAUGGCAGAACCGUUUUUGGAGAGCUUUGGCUAAAGAAAGUAUGGAGAUAUCUCAAAAUCCACUGUCCGGCAUCUUUGGAUCCUGUUAAAGAUCUCUGGAUGGUGAAAACAAAGGAAUCAUACAUCCUGAAGAAAAUAUCUGAUUCAUUUAUAAGUGAAACCAACAUGGCUGCAUCUAGCGUAGAUGUCUUAGGAUAUUUCAAAAUUUGGAUUGUAGAUAUGGCAUUCCAUGACCAUCCGCUGUUUGCACCUGGGAAAGGAGUUGUUGUGGAUUGUACAGAUGAUGGGAAGAGAAAGCUUUUGCAGCGAUGUAUAAAGAAUGGAAUCAGUUCAUUCAACACAUACUGUUCCGGUACCAUGAGAGAAUGGUUCAAAGACUUCUUGCCUAUUACUUUCGAUAAAGGAUUGGCCUCAAGUGUAAAAAGCCUUGCGAUGUUCAAAUGUUAUUCUAGCACCGAUGCAAGAAGUCAGAUUGGAUAUACAUCAUUGGAACAGUGUCGUGAAGUGUAUGUUGGAGAUCAGGACUUUCCAAUUCCGUUUCAUGCUGCAAUGAUUUUGCCAGGGACACAAAAAGAAGAGAGACUUCUUUCAGAACUGUCUGCAGUGAAGGUGGAUCUGGGUGGUUGUACACAGGAAUGCAUAAGAAAAGUCAGUGAAGGACAUAUUUCAUUGAAUGAUGAAAAUUUGCGGAGAUUCUGCUUUUAUGUGAUAAAAAAGCAACCAGAUCUUAGAAACUGGAGAACAAUUCAAAAAGACUUGAAUUCAAUUAGAUUUAUUAAGAAUGGAAUUGGAAAACUUUGCUCUGCAAACGAACUUUAUUAUCCGAGUGAUUCAUUUCUGAAUGAACUUUUUCUCUUGGAACACAAAUUCCCUGAAGAGGAUGGAAGAGAAAUUGAUCUACUGAGACAUUUGCAAUUCCAGAGAAAAAAUAGUCAAGCAUUUCAGUUGGAUGUUGUGCACACUUGCCAUUUACUUGAUUCAAAGGUUUUGGAUAAUAAAUCAAAUUUGAGAAAGUCAUAUGCUCUACUGCAGGUUUUUAGACAAAGUCCGUCCCUUUUAAAAUCAGUUUUCAAACCAAUAUACCGAUUCAAAAUACUGCCCUCUAAACAGGAAAGGAGCAAACACUAUCCAAAGACAAUGGAGUGGUAUUCAGAUUCAAUGAACCUAGUCUCUUUGGAAAUGGUGUACAAUUCACGUUUUGAGUGUGUUGUUGGAUCGGUUUUACCAGUGCCUGCAAUACAAUGGGAUGAAUAUGUUGACAUUACCAAAAGACCACCAUUUUCAGCUGUAAUCAACCAUUUUGGUAAAAUAAUUCAAAGUUACAGCGAGGAUGAGCAUGCAGAAUAUAGCUACAUCAUGAAAGAAGUAUACCAGUUUUUAGCUAAAGAAUAUCAAAAUUUUGCUUCAUUGCUUCCCCAACGAUGUAUUUUGACAGAAUUCGGAUUUAUGAGGCCCACUGAUAUUUACUUAGAUCAGAGCAAAACUGAUUUAGACUUGGAACCAUAUUUCAUCCCUUUGCCAAGAGACUACAAGACACUAAGGGAACUUUUUAAGGAACUAGGUUGCAAAAAAAAUCAGUCUAGUUUUCUGCUAGUUGAAACCCUCCACAAAAUAAAGAAAGAGCAAUCCGAGAUGAAUUACAUGACUGAUAUUAAUCAAGACCUAGACAAAGUAGAGACAAUUUUGAAGAAGUUGUCAGAAUGCUCUGAAGGGGAGUUAUUUAAACUAAGAGAUGCGAUCAUUGUACCAAUCCACAGUGAAGAUUCAAACAUACUUAUAUUUCGUCACGCACAGGAAUGUGCAUACUCUGAUUCAGAUUGGUUCAGCAGAACAUUCACAGAUGAGGAUAAAAUUUGUCUGAUUCAUUCAAAAAUUGAUAAAGAAAUUGCCAAAAAACUUGGUGUGAAGUCCUUGAAAAAAUUCACAUUGUCAGAUGCAGAGGAACUUUGCUCAGAAUUCGGACAAUCAGAACCAUUGACUCAGCGUUUGAAUAAUUUAUUAGAAGAAGGGUAUACAGAUGGCCUUUCUGUCCCUAAGGAACUUAUUCAAAAUGCUGAUGAUGCAGGUGCAUCGGAAGUGUAUUUUCUGUAUGAUGAGAGAGAAAAUGAGGAUGCGAAAAGUUGUCUCCUAGACGCUGGAAUGGAAAGAUGUCAGGGACCAGCUCUGUGGGUUUUCAACAAUGCAGUUUUCUCCCCUACUGAUUUCGAAAAUAUUCAGAAACUUAGUCGUGCAACAAAGAAAGAUGACACAACAAAAAUUGGAAAGUUUGGAUUGGGAUUCAAUGCAGUGUACAAUUUAACUGAUGUUCCAAGUUUUGCUAGUGGCAAAUACUUAAUAUAUUUGGAUCCACAGAGAAAAUAUUUAGGAGAGGCCAUUUUGCAUGAGAACAGUCCAGGAAUAAAGCUGAAUCUUCACAAUAAAAUCAUGCUUCGGAAACUUGAAAACCAAUUUAAGCCAUUUCAAAAUGUGUUUGGAUUCAAUUCAUCGAAGUUUUCAAGAAAUGAUGUAUACAAUGGAACAUUGUUUAGAUUUCCACUAAGGACAAAACAACAGGCUCUUGGAAGUGAAAUAAGUAGCAAGGAAUAUUCACAGUCAGAGAUGGAGAAACUUAUGAAAUUGUUCUGCAAAGCAUGUGGAAAUAUGCUUCUAUUUACUCAGAAUAUAAACAAAAUCAAAAUAUUUCAUGUGGGGAAAAACUGCACUAAUCCUGACAAGGAGAUGGAAUUAGUUCUAACAGUUACUAAAGAGGAAGAUCAUCAGCAAUUACAGAGACAGGGCAAUGAAAAUAUUUUAACUGCUGUUUCAAGACACUGUAGCAGUUUGGUUCAACAUUCUGGAUUUUUGUUCACCUGUGUAGCAUCUAUUUUGUUUGAGAGCAAAGGACACACAUGGGUUGACAUAACUUUUCCAUUCAAAGAAAAAACAGACUGGAUUAUUUCAUGGGCCGUAGGAGUAGAUGAAUCAUUAAGACUAUUUCGGGACAAUAAAAGUGAUGGAGCACUUCCUCUUUCUAGUGUUGCGGUCCCUGUGAAUAUGAUGAAUAAUGGCAUUUUGGCACUUCACCUUGAUGCAGAUUUCAACAGGUAUGGAUUCUACAACACAGGUCAUCUAUUUUGCUAUUUGCCACUUCCCAUAGAAACAACGUUGAACUUUCAUGUGAAUGGGAAUUUUGCUGUUUCAUCAGAUCGUCAAAGAAUUUUGAUUAGAAGUGAAGAUGAUAAAGAUAACACAAAACAAACAAUAUGGAAUUGCGGAUUAGUAUGUGAUGCUACUUUGGAAGCCAUUCUGGAGUUAUUAAAGGCAAUAAAAAUUGUAGCUGUCGAAGAUUAUUCUUUUUUUGCCCUUUGGCCAACACAGACAUGUGACAGCUUUUGGCAGACUUUCAAGCAUGAAUUUUACCAGGCGAUUUUGCGUCGCAAUUUACCUCUACUAAAGACACAUUGUGGUUGGAAAACAUUUCAAGAGUGCAUGUUUUUACAUUCAGACAUAGAAUGUGACAAACGCUUAAAGGAGACAGCUUUAGACAUUUUGAAGAGCAACCCACUUUAUGGAAAAAUUGUCACAGAAAUACCAACUGAUGUGUAUAGAGAAUUUGAAAGUCAUAUAGCUGUGGAUUUUAGACAACACAUCAUAACAUAUGAGACAUUUAUCAUAGAAUGUUUUUUACCAAAUAUAUCAAGUUAUCAAGGAAAAGAGUGUGAUGAAAUUGUUUUGGGAGCAAUCCGAUCGAAAAACAAAAAUAUCCUAGAUGCUCUGAUGGGAACAAAUUGUAUUUCAACCAGCACGAAUGAAUUACGUAGAGAACCAAGGGAUCUCGUUCAUCCCCGAUCAUCUGUGUCUGGAUUAUUUUUAGUCGAAGAUGAACGAUUCCCCAUAGACAUAUUUUGUCUUGAAAAUGAUCUUGAAAUACUCGCUAGACUUGGAAUGAUGAAAGAUGAAAUACCUUCAGAACUUUUGGAAUCACAGACAAGAGACAUGAUUAACCUGUCAAAGCAGUGCUGGGAAUGUGGGUUACAUCGCUCAAUGGAAAUUAUGAAGUAUGUACAUCACAUGUAUGACAGAAUACCCGAAAGCACAAAACAGAAUAUGUCCAAUAUGCCAUUUCUUCCAGUGAAGAGUAAACCAUGUGAUUGGCCAAUUAAAUGGCAAAAUGAAUCCUUGGCAGUAAACCGUUCCAAAAAGAAAUGUGCAGUUCAUUACAGUGAUGUACAUGAAAAACGAGUUUUCUUUGAAAACCCUGGUAAAUUGUUCUUUCCCAGAACUGAAAAAUUGGUUGGAAGCACUCAAAAAAUUCUGGGUAAAUAUGAGAUGUAUAUGUCAUAUUUCAAAGAACUACGGGCUCUUGGAGUUAAAACUGAGGAACAUGUAAGACUGGAAAUGUUGAAACUUCAGCUUACAGAAAUUACACGUGAACCAAAAAAUGCUGAAAAUAAAACAAUUGAAGACAUGUGUGAUGAUAUCUAUGCUGCUCUUGAAAAACGACUGCUGUCCAAGACCAAACUUGAAGCAAAAUAUUUUAUUCAGGAUCAUAUGUCAAAUGUCCCAUGUAUUUUGACAGAAAAGACAUUUGCCUUUCCGAAGCAGGUUGUAUUAGCUUUGCCGUACGAUUGUAGUCCUUAUCUAUUUUGUUUAAAAUCAAAGUUUGCUCGUCAUUUUCCGAAAUUGAUGGAGACUUUAGGUGUUCGAAAAUUCUUUGAACCUGAGGAAGUUUUGGCUGUCCUUGCAAAAAUUAAAGACAGAUACACAGAGAAGAAAUUACCUGCAAAUGAGUUGCAAUUGGUUUGCAGAAUUACAAAUGUUUUGGAAAAUUUUGAGUAUGUUUCAAAUGAUACACUUUUCCUGCCUGAUAUUAUUGGAUUUUUUUUCCCAGUGCAUGACCUUUGUUUAGAUGACUGUUCUUGGCUUCCAACAACAGAAUCAAUGAAUUUUCUGAAUACAGAAAUUACCCUUAAAGUAGCCAAACUUGUAGGCAUAAAAUCCAAACGAGAACAGAAUAUUUUUGAUGAAUCUGAGGGAUUCGGAGAUGCAUUUGGACAACAAGAAUGUUUAACAAAUCGUAUAAAACGGAUUCUAGAUGGUUAUCCAGAAAUAAAUAUCAUGAAAGAACUUCUGCAAAAUGCUGAUGACGCAGGAGCAACAAAGUUACACUUCAUAAAGGACUUCCGUAUACAUAGGUGUGACCAUGUAUUUAGUGAAAACUGGAAAGAAUUACAAGGCCCUGCCUUAUGUGUUUUUAAUGAUAGUGUAUUUACAGACAAAGACAUCGAAGGAAUACAGAAUUUAGGAAUUGGAAGCAAAGGAGAUGAUCCAAUGGCAACAGGACAGUAUGGAGUUGGGUUCAAUGUUGUGUACCAUUUGACUGAUGUGCCAUCGUUUUUAACAAGAGAUUGUCAAACUUCCCAAGACACAUUGUGUGUCCUAGAUCCACAUUGCAGAUACAUUCCACAUGCAUCAGAGAAGAAACCAGGAAGAAAAUUCCGAUAUGUUUCAAAAAAUAUCAAACAGCAAUUUAAAGAUAUAUUGCCUUGCUAUUUUGAUGAGAGUGAAUUAUGGAAGUCGUCUUCUGGAACUCUGUUUCGUUUUCCAUUACGAUGCAAUAAGGAAUCUCUGUUGUCUUCAAGAUUAAUAUCCUGCGAAGAUAUUGAAAAACUUCUGAAUGAACUGAAAAACGACAUGGGGGAAUGUCUCCUGUUUUUGCGCAAUGUAGACAAAAUCAUGAUUUCAUCUGUAGACGAAAGAGGACUUUUAGUUAAAGAAUUUGAAGUUUCUGCAAAGAAAACAAUGAUAUCACCAGAAAUAAGAAACACAAUUGUUCAUAAUACAAAACAGAAAAUGAAGGAGAAUGCAAUGUUUUUGUGUUCAAUGGACAGAAAAGAAUCCAUUUAUUACUUACAAGUUAAUAUCAAUGAACAAGUAGUUCAGGAAUGGUUGAUUGUCACUGGAUUUGGAUUUCAUAACAAAGAUGACAUUCCUGAAACCAUCAAGGAAGCUUACAGAGAAAGAAGACUUGCUUUACUACCCAGUGCUGGAAUUGCCAUUAUUCUGAAAAACAUGAAAAUUACAUAUAAGGACAAUAAAAAGGUAUAUUCACGUUGCGAAGAACAGUUGAAAUUUGGAGCCUAUUGUUUUCUUCCUCUGCCUAUUGAAACAGGUUUGCCAGUGCAUAUAAAUGGGCAUUUUGCAUUGGAUCAUGAAGCUCGUCAUAAUAUAUACUGGCCAGAUAAUGAGAGUGCGGAUUUGAAAAUUACAUGGAACAAAACUAUUAUUAAAAACGUUAUAGUGCCUACAUAUGCAAUAGCCAUCGAACAUCUAAGAAAUGUGCUAUUCCCAGACUCUGUUUCAAAUCAACCUUGGGAUCAUUUGGACAUAUUUCACAGAGUGUUUCCAUCAAUGAAAUCUUUGAAAGAUAAAGUUUGGCAAUACGCAGCUGCAGAACUUUAUCGAUUUAUUAAAAUCAACUGCAAAUUCUUUUCAAUCGUUCAUAGAGAAUAUCAGAGUAUUGAUAUGUCAAAAGCAGACAAAACUACAGCCAAACCUAGUGAAGUAGAAGAGCAAAUUGCAAAUAUGCCUGCUGCUAAUACAAUAAUACAUGAUCAACCACUCAAAGUAACAUGGACUACAUUGCAGUGUGCAAUUUUUGAUGAUAUACGAUGGCAACUGAGGCCCGAGUAUAAAAAGGAUGGAUAUUACUAUACUUAUGGCAAGAGCCAAAGGAAAUUACACGAAGAUUGCUCAAAAGAGUCUGAAUUUCUUGCUGGAUGUUUAAAAGAUCUUGGAAUGUUGCUUAUCGAAACUCCACUUUGGGUGUUUUCCAGCAUGAAGGAUGCAGGGAUAGAAAAUGUUCAAACUGUAUCUCCAAAGGUUGUACUUCAGUUUUUGAAGACCUAUAAAAUGGGCGUGAAGAAUCGAUGUGUAAUUGAAAAAGUUGAUAUUCCUGUCACACAUACAAGAAUGCGCAAUACGAAUGUGGUCAUAUCUCUUUUGUAUUAUUGUGUACGUGAUAAAUUAUUAACAGCCACUGACUUUGAACAUGUGCCACUCCUUUUGACAGCAGAUAAUUACCUUCGUGAGUUUCGGAAUGAUUGCAUCAUCUACUUGGCAAAAUUUCCAAAUCUUCUACCAAAAUCAACAAAUGUGAUGGCUCAUCUUGGACAAAUACGCACAUUAGAAAGUUUUUCAACUCUCCAGAUAUUUGUCAAAAAGGUUGAAAUAGGGAACUUUGCAAAGCUUUUAUGCAACAAUAUUUCGUCCGCAUAUUGUACCAAAGUUAGCAAAGUAUGGAAUCAAAAAUCAGAUAACAUUCCAAAUGUACAAUGGAUGAAGUGCUUCUGGGCUUUUAUAGCACAGAAUUCACAUUCCUGUGUCAAAGAAGAGCAAGCAAAAUCUAAAGACACAAAGGUGAAAGAGGAGUGUGAGAAGGCAAAAUCUAAAGACACAAAGACUGAAGAGGAAUGUUUAAAGGAUUUUGCCACAAAUAUGUUGAUGCUUUUAGGGGAAUGGAAUUUUGUCCCAGCACUCGUAAAGAGAAACAGUGAAAUUUACGAUUGUUUUAUUUUCUCACUUUCACAUGGAAAGAAUGUUUUCAGACCUAUUUUUGGAGAAUGUUCUGAUGAACAGGAUGCAUUAAAGGGUCUUGAUGUACCAUUACUUGAUGAACGGUGUUUGCCAAGCUUCAGAGAAGGAUUUCAAAAUAUUCAUUACCUGCCUGCCCUUCUGCAGUCAGUAGUUUCAACAGUUAAAAAUGUAAAGGAUAUUUUAGAUUGCCUUUACCUCAAUUCCAGUAGACUCAACCGAACCCGUCACCAUAAUUGUUUAACUGUUUUGGAAUAUUUUGGACGGAACCUUAAAACUCUUCAAGAAAACUCUCAUUCCAAAGAAAGACUUGCCUCCCUUCCACUUUACUAUGACAUCUUUCAUGGAUGUGUAAGUGUUCAAGGGGAAAAUGUUAUAAUUUUGCCUGACAGUGUUCCAAAAGAGGGAUUAAAGGAGUGGAGCAGGACACAAGGUAUUUUGUUAAUCAAAGAAGAAAGACAUCUAACAGAACUUUACCUUUACGUUGGAUGCAGAAACGUCACCGACAUUGAAUUUUACAUUAAUUGCUUACUUCCAGGCUUCCAUGGCCUGCCACCACCUACAGUAAUGUUUCAUAUGAAAUAUAUCAAAGAUGUAGUGCGGCCUUCAUUGCAAUACAAAUCUAAAAAAUACCAACUACAACAAAAACAGUUGGAUGCAUUACUGCAAAAAACCCCAUUCUUACCAACAGGUAAUGAUGAAUAUGCAUGUGCAUGUGAGUUUUUCAACCCACAUAAAAGCAUUUUUCAGGUAGAAAACCGCCUUUGUAAACCCUCUGAAUUACCACCCAAACCAUUUAAUGAUUAUGAAUGGGAAGACUUUUUAAUACAUUGUGGAAUGAAGAGUGAAUUUACACCAGAAAUAUUCUUGGAAAUUGCUAAUCGAUUGCAAGAGUUGGGAAAUAUGGAAGGCAUAACAGCAGUGGUGCAAGAAAAUUCGGAAAAUCUUGUCAGAAUUUUGUUUUGUUAUGACUCAAACUUGCGAAAGAGUUUUCCAUUUAUGAAUGAUGUGAAACAUAUUCGUUUUUUAUGCCCACACCCAGUUUCAAAGAGACUCACAAAGGUCGUGCCACAGCAUGAUCAUGAUAGAAAUUUGAUUUGCUUUCAAAAAUCAACUUCUCCUUCAAAUGAGCUAUUAUGCUGGUCUACUAUGAAACUCGUAUCUGAAAUGACACGUGAUGCCAUGAAGGUGUUGCCAAAGAAUGAUCAAGUCAGAGAGGCUUUGGAAUUGUAUGAGACCCCCCCAAUGCUGCAUGUUGUUAAUCAUGUGAAGAAUGUAUGUUCUUCAAGAAAUCAGUUGUCAGAGCUUAUAGCUAGAAGUAAUGAAAAUGAAAAUACAGUCACAAAAAUCAUGUCACAUGUGUAUUUGUAUCUUCAACAAAAUAUGUUAGACAUACCCGUUGCUUCAUUAAGAGAAGUUCCAUUCAUUUUUAUUAAAAAUAGAAAGGUUCUCACUAUUCCACAACGUGUAGUUCUAAAUAUGAACGAAGAUGAGGAGAUCCCACCCUAUCUCUACAAGGCACCGGUAUACUUUGGACAAUAUCAGUCAGUUUUUCAAGCCUGUGGAGCCGUAGAUACUCUUUUAUGUAAGCAUCUCGCAAAUGUGCUUCAUGAAAUAUAUGUAGCAUCAGAAGGGAAUGUAUUGGAGCCAAACGAACGAAAAAGCACUAAAAUGGCUAUGCAACAGCUAUUCAGAAAGCUCAAAGUAGAAAAGGGCUCAGAAAUAAUUUUACCUCUAUUGUAUCUGCCAAGCAAAAACCACAAUUUGGUACGCUGUGAUGAAAUGGUAUUUGUCGAUGACCAACUAAUUGAACAACGGAUCGGAAGUUGUAUGCCAGACUUGGAUUUUUUCAUUGGGUUUAAAGAUAUGGAAAUGAUGCAUGUUUCAGAUCCACUUGCAGAAAUCAAUCUGCUUCCAGAAAGACAUCGACCUAAGCUGCUUUCAAGAAUAGUCACUGAAAAAUUGAAACCGGAUUGUAAAGAAAUAGAUGUACAGUCAGAUCUUGCUUGGUGCCUUCAACAGUUUCUGCGAAGUGAGGAUUUUUUCUUUGGUCUCUGCAGACUUGUCAGACAUGAAUUUUACAAAAAUGAUAGAAUGUUUAACAAAGCUCAGCAGGUGGAGAUUUUUGAAAAAUUGCAACUUGUUUCCGUCUUUCAGUUGGGGAAACUUGAAACAGUACUAAUGUAUAAAAAGUCAACGCUUUUGAACACCGAAAAGCGGAGAAAGGUUUUUGGAGAAGAAGUAUAUGAAGAUACAAAUAACUCUGCAGAAUUGUGCAUAUACUUCAAAACAAAGCAAAAUGUUAGUGCCGCCUUUUGGAUAAAUGACAUUGCCAAAGAAUUGUCAUCAAUCUUGAAUAGAUUCCUUGGUGACGUUUUGCUAAAGAACCAAAUGUUCUUACCAGAUGUAUUGAAAUGCAUGCAAAAUCCCAGUAAGAUUGAGUAUGAACUAAAUAAUAACGAAAUCAUGGCUGUAGAAAUGGGACAGGUUUUGAAUAUUUUGCCUUUCAUGCCUGAGCUGGGAACAGAGAUUUCCAUUUCAUUACAUCACCUAUUGGACAAUUCAUGCACAUUCAUCGAGACGGGACAAUAUGUAGCAUAUGAGGUGUAUGAUCCUAUUGUAGAUGAAGAUGAACCAAAAAGUGGAGAUAUGCCUGUCUAUAUUUUAGCACGGGUAAUAGAAACAAUGACAGAAUGUGUGUUUCAUGGACCCAAUGCUGAAGAAUGGAAUAUAAAAUACAAGAUUAAUGUAGGUAGAGAAGAAACAUGUGUUGCUGAAGCAUCACGGGUAUACAAGUUUGUUAGAAAGGAUAAAGUUGAUACAAAUAUUGAUGUGGUUGAUGGCGCAGUAGUCUUCCAUUGGAAUAUUGAUAGAGUGAAAGUAUACAUCAGAGAUGUAAUGAGAAAUGCUUUUGGAAGGACAAAAUCGGAAUUCAGAAGAACAGUAAAGAGACUUUUACUUCAAUAUCAUCCUGAUAAACACACUGAAAACAAAGAUUAUUAUGAAAAUCUUACAAAAUUCAUCAAUUUCAUUAAAGAAAGACUUGAAAAUGGUGAGGCAGUCGAAGAUGCUGAUAUAUUUGCCUCUGACAAAAGCAAUUCUCAAAACAAUUAUUCUACUUCUGAGUUUUGGAGCUGGUGUUAUAAUCGUGGAUCUGCAUAUGCCAGAAAUAGCAGAGAUUAUCCUGGUUCAAAAGACAGCAGCCAUUCUUCAUUCUUUCGUGCUUUUAAUGAAAGCGGGUCCCAACCUGGUCAAGCAAAAAGAUGGUACAAACAAGCUGAGAUUGAUUUCAACGCUGCCUCCACAGAUCAAAAUGGACCAAAUGCUUAUAACUGGGCUUGUUAUAAAUGCCAUCAGGCAGUGGAAAAGGCACUGAAAGCUCUGCUAUACCAGAUUGAUGCUGAUAAAGUUUCUCUCAACACACACAGUCUAUCAUCUUUGGCGUAUUCAGUGGGUGAUGUUAAUCUGUCAGGACUUGUUGGUUGUCUGGAAAGUAUUACUGGAAGUUAUUUCCGGAUGCGUUAUCCUGAUGCUGUUCCUGGAGGUAGUAUUCCGUCUGAUCUGUACACAGAAGAACAUGCAAGGAGGGCCAUAGAAUGUGCACAGGAAAUUUUGCAGAUAGUACGACUGAGGAUCACUAGUUUGUAAAUGAAUGCAAAUCUUGGAAUAUACUAUAUGUACAUGUAGUUGUUGGAGGAAAAGGUGCAUGUAUUCCUGCCACUGAAUUCAGUCUGAUAUGAAGAAUCCACUUGAUAUCGAUGAAUUGCACAUACAAACUUUUAUUCAUGCCACUGAAUUCAGUCUGAUAUAACGAAUCAACUUGAUAUCGAUGAAUUGUACAUACAAAAUGUUGAAAACUGCAACAUAUCUUUGAAUCUUUUCGUUGUAACUUUGUCAAAAUCCAGUGAAAAUUGAUAUAUGCAUGAAUUAUGUACUAUACCUGUGCGUUAAAAACCAAAUUUGUAUAUAUAUUGCUUAUAUCGCUGUAAUGAGUAAUGCUAUAUGUAAAAAGGCACUGAUUUUGUUGCAAAUUGAAUAUACAGUAAACACACUUAUGGCAAAGUGCUUGGGAUAAACAAUUUUGAUUUGCUAUGCAGUCAUUAAGAAUGUAAUGUGUUUUAAAACUACAGGGAAGGAAAAUCACUUCACUGCAGUGAUAAUUCAUUAUAUGCUGCACGUGUUUUAACUGCAUAUUUAUCUGUUACAUGUAUUUUGAAAUUUGUACUGAUGAUUGACAAAAUGUGGAUUUACAUUGUAGUUGAUUUUAACGUACAAUUUGACUUUUCAAGUACGUCUUGUAGCUAUGAUGUUGCAAUGUAUAUUUUAAGAAUGUAUGAUGUAUUGUUUCAUAGAGAGAAUUCAUUCACAAUCGUGUUUAGUAUAAAUUGUUGUAUAACUAGUUGUUAUGUUACAAAAUGUCUGUAUUUUAUGAGGAUGUAUUGCAUUUCCUAAAGAACCAUAGUUUUAUCUAUAGUUUUACUAGUUUUCUUAAGCCAGUUUUGUGGGCGAAUGGGAAAUUUACUCCUCAGUCUCCCAAUUAUUGAAGACUGGAUUUUUUUUUAAUAUGUGUAUUUGUAGAAUAUGUUUUAUUUGUCAUUAUUUCUAUUACAAUGUAUAAGGAUGUGAAAUAUGUAUUCGAUGUAUAUAUUGAAAUUUUAGUUUUAUUUUUAUUAUUGAAGGCAAGGUUUAUAAUUCAUAUUACUACACAUGUACAGUGAUGGAUUUAUUUUCUUAUAUUUGACAUUUGUUGUCAAGUUAAUUUAACUUGUAAAUUUAGCUUUUCAAGUACGUCUUGAAGUUAUAAUGUUGCGAUGUAUAUGUUGAGAAUGUAUGAUGUAUUGUUUCAUAGAGAAAAUUCAUUUAUAAUUGUGUUUAUUAUAAAUUAUUGUGUAACUAGUUGUUAUAUGGCAAACUGGCUGUAUUUUAUUAGAAAGUAUUGAGUUCCCUAAAGAUAAAAAUUAAGUUAUUUUUGUCUCAGUUUGGACACGGAGAUGUCUGUAGAGUAUAGUUGAUGUGUAGUUUAAUGCCAGUAUUAGCCGACACAUUCAUUAAGAUAAAAUCAUCAUUGUGAUCACUGUAUUGAUCAUGAAAACUUAACCAUGUUACUGGUCGUGUCCAAUCAGUCAGUAGAAAUCUAUGUACAGCACUUUGUUUAAUCUGAAAUGUUGUUGUCCAUAGUUUAAGGUAGUUAAUAAACGUGUAUAUACAUUUCAGCUGAAAACAUCAACUACUACUGUUAUUAUUAAAUAUUGUUUAUAUCAAAAUCAUUUAUAAGCCUUAUUAAGUCAGUUGUAGGCAACUUUUUUGUAAACUCUAUGAUUAAAGUACAAUUUUUAUAAAGUAUUGCAAUACCCUGAUGAAAAUUAAAAGGUAUAUUGUACUAGUAAUGGUCUGCCUGUCUUCAACAUUUACCCAAGUCAAAAAUCAUUGAACCAUAAUACUGUGUAAGUUAAGAUAUUCCAUACUUUCACUGUAGUGAAUAUAUUGGUCAAUGUUACAGCUUUAUCAAGGUAAAGGAUAGGUAUACAUGUAUAUAGGAGUUGUGAGAUUGAUCAUUGUUCGCUAUCUUCACCUUUCAUAUACGUAUACCGUUUUAAGAUAGAUGUCAUUUAAUGUGAACAUAAUGGUUCAAAAUCUGUUUAAUCAUUAAAAUUAUCUUUCCUCUUAAUUUAAACGUUUGAAUUGUUAAGGGAUUAUGAUGUACCUAAAAGAUUGUACAUUAAAUUACCCAUCUAGUUGAUUAUAACAUUCUGAGUGUAUUUGACAUUCUAUAUUGCAACUAAUAGGAUGCACAUGCAUACCUAUAACCAGAAUAAUGUGGAAAUUAUGAUUAAGUUGUUAUUUUUUCACUUGGGGAAAAUACAACUUCUAUUCCGCGUUCAUGUAUGUGAUAUGUAUGUUAUGUUUAAAGUAAAUUGAGGAAACUUAACUUGCAUUUUUGAAAAUAAUUUUGAAGCAAAUUAAUCAAUGUACAUUUAAAUAAACUGAUUUAAGAUUA